UGAUGCGUCGGCACAACACAAAACGAAAACCUAAAGAAUCACCAGCCUUGCAAACCAAUCAACCUGUCUAGAUUAAUUUUUGCAUGCUCUCUGGAAUGGAGAAACAACCUGCAAUGCUUCUCGUUCUUGUGACACUCUGCGCCUUCGCAUGCAAGCGAUCCGUCGCACAGUCUGCCUUUGCCACGUUCUACGGUGGCAAGGACGGGUCGGGCACCAUGGGUGGCGCGUGUGGGUACGGUAACCUGUACAACGCCGGGUACGGGCUGUACAACGCGGCGCUGAGCUCGGCGCUGUUCAACGACGGCGCCAUGUGCGGCGCGUGCUACACCAUCACCUGCGACACCAGCCAGACCAAGUGGUGCAAGCCCGGCGGCAACUCCAUCACCAUCACGGCCACCAACUUAUGCCCGCCUAACUGGGCGCUGCCCAGCAACAGCGGCGGGUGGUGCAACCCACCGCGGCAGCACUUCGACAUGUCACAGCCGGCCUGGGAGAACAUCGCCGUCUAUCAAGCCGGCAUUGUCCCCGUCAACUACAAGAGGGUUCCGUGCCAGAGGAGCGGGGGGAUCCGGUUCGCGAUCAGCGGUCACGACUACUUUGAGCUUGUGACCGUGACGAACGUGGGCGGCAGCGGCGUGGUGGCGCAGAUGUCGAUCAAGGGGUCCAACACGGGCUGGAUGGCGAUGAGCAGGAAUUGGGGCGCCAAUUGGCAGAGCAACGCGUACCUCGCCGGGCAGAGCCUGUCCUUCAUUGUGCAGCUCGACGACGGCCGAAAGGUCACGGCCUGGAACGUCGCCCCGUCCAACUGGUUCUUCGGUGCCACCUACUCUACCUCUUGGGUGCAGUUCUGAAGUACUGCAACGUACGUACAGGUUUAGUUGAUAAAUUAUACACAUGCUGUUCAUGGACAUAAUUAAUUAAUUACUAGCCAUCCCGGCCGUUUGUGCAUGUUCUGCUAGGUUGUGUGUUGCGUGGCAUUAACUUGUUUUUCUCUGUUACCAGUCGUUUUGUCAAACGCGUUGGUUGUGGCAAGCGCGAUUGAAUGUUUUGCCCACCAAUUAAUGUAACUGAUCGUAUGGGUGUUGAGUUAAUAAAUUAUGUUUAAUUAUGCGGAUGCCA